GAAAAGGCCAGAAAAAGAAUUACUACAAUUUUUAGAAAUAAAUCUCACAAGGAACGACUUUGAAUUCAAUGGUGACUUCUAUUUACAAAUCAAGGGGACAGCCAUGGGGAAAAAGUUUGCCCCAGCAUAUGCAAAUAUCUUCAUGGCAGAGUGGGAGACUGCUGCGUUAGAUAAAUGCAUCAAGAAGCCUCUGUACUAUUAUCGCUUCUUGGAUGACAUAUGGGGUGUCUGGCCACAUUCUGAGCAGGAUUUUGAGAUGUUUCUUAAGACCUUAAAUGACCACAAUGCCUCUAUUAAGCUUAAGUCGACCAUUAGUAAGACCUCUAUUGAUUUUCUGGACACGACCACCUUCAAGGGCCCAAAUUUCAUUAAUGACCGUAAAUUGGAUAUAAAGGUCUUUUUCAAACCCACGGACACUCAUGCCCUGCUAUUUAAAACCAGCUUUCAUCCUAAACACACAUUUGCAGGAAUAGUCAAAUCCCAAUUGUUAAGGUUCCACAAAAUUUGUACACAAAAGUCUGAUUUUGGAGCGGCUGUUAAGACCCUGUUCUCUGCUCUCUCCACUAGGGGGUACUGUUGGUCCUUCCUAAGGAGGUGCUUUAAGUCCUUUCUGCAUACAAAACCAAUUGAUGUUUCCCCUCUGCUUCCAGUGGUCAUUACAUAUGCUCCUUGCACCUGCAAACUAGUCAGGGCUAUUAAGAACAAUUUCCAGAGUCUGGCUCAGGAUGUACAGACACUUCACAACCACAGGGUAAUUGCUGCCUUCAGGAGACAUAAGAAUCUAGGUGAUCUCCUCAUCAGAGCCCAAAUCUCGCCUCCCUCUGUGCCUAGGCGCAGAGACCAGGGGCAAUUUUUCCAGCAUCGCAGGUUGGUGCGCAGCCAUUCCAAUGGUGAUGUUUUUCUGUCAUUGUGCAAAGGAACCCCGAGGUCCAAAAAUUGUGUAUAUCUGAUUACAUGUAAGAGGUGUGGAAUGCAGUAUGUGGGAGAAACAGGAAACACGCUGCUGACUAGAUUCACUCAACACAGUGACGGCCAUCCAGGUUAACUCGAGAUGGACAACGCAGCAGAGGAGGAGAGCUGAGAGGAUGUGGAUGGCCAAACUGGAUACAGUUUAUCCAAAGGGCCUGAAUGAAAAGGGUUUCAGGAGAAAUUGAUCCCACGGUUUGUAUAUAGUUAAUGUUUCAUUGUUCUUAAUUGUCAUCAUUAUUAUUGUUAUUAUUGUCACUUGCACUGGGUAUCUCAGCUCCUUUCAUGACUCACUGGGGGACAUCCUGCCCCUGAAGCUGACCCUAACCCUAACCUCAGUGACCCCUGUAAUAAACUGGACUCCGGCCCUAACCUUAACCACUCUGCUUUCUGAACACAAAGUUCAAUUCCGGCCCUAACCUUCACCACUCGGACACCUAGUGGGAGAGGAGGACUGGGCAUACCCCCACCCCUGUGAGGGGCCCUAACCUUAACCUCCCCCCUCUCCUCUUUACCCCUCCUCCCCUCACCCCUCACUUCUUCAACCCCAUCCAUGGGACCCCGCCUGGAGCUUCGCUGGGUGUCUCUGGAGACCUGAGAUGGGCGCAGGUAUGGUCUGUGCACCGGAGCCCGGCCCCCCUUCGGGGACCGUGCUUCCAAACUCGAU